AGAGGUAGCCAACAUUCAAGAUCAGCUCAAAAGAUAGGAUAGCGGGGUGCUGAAGAAGGCAGAUUUAAAAGAAAGUGACAAACUUGAUGAGCAGACCGACGUCCGGGGCUGCGCCUGUGGUAGUAGUAGUGUUCUAUAGUCGUAGGUGGCACUCCAGCUGAGGAAGCAGCUAUUUCGUAGAUGAAAGGCUACGUAGGUAAUUCAGGCUUAUUUUGGUUCGGUGAUGAUCUUGCUAGCGUUUAGCUGCCUCGGCUUGCUUUCAACGCUAAGAAAAGAGUAAGCCACCACCGACCCCGCAAUGGAACAUCGCGCUAUGUGGGGCACGAGAGCAGGAACAGGUCUGGCUCGGAACACCACCUACCAGACCAACAAAGAUCAGCAUGUUCGGAGGACCCAAGCCCUACACACACCCGUCUGCGUACGCCACCUCGACGAAUGAGGAGGCCAAGCGCUACGACUAUGUCAUUGUUGGAGCUGGCACGGCAGGCAGCGUCCUGGCUAGCCGCCUGAGCGAAGACCCACAGAAGAGCGUGCUGGUCCUUGAGGCGGGCAAGGAUUGCACGGGCAUUCUCGAGACAAAGAUCCCGCUCACGUUCUCUAAGCUCUUCCAUGGCGAGCACGACUGGGACUACUACACGACCCCACAGCCCAAGGUCGAUGGAAGGAGCCUGUACUGGCCCCGUGGUCGCAUGAUCGGUGGCAGCUCUUCGAUGAACGCCAUGAUGUACCACCACGGCUCCCACAGCGACUACGAUGAAUGGGCCCAGCUCGGCUGCAAGGGCUGGGGCUACAAGGAUCUGUCGCAUUACAUGCGCAAGUCGGAGCGCUUCACACCCAACAAGAACAGGCCUCUCAUCGACGCCCUUCACCGUGGCGACUCCGGCAAUUGGCACACCGGCUACUCGUACCUCACCGAGGUGGGCGAGAAGGGCUUCCUGGGCGCAUGCAAGGACGUCGGCAUCGACUACAAUGCAGACAUUAACACCGCUGCUGGAUCUAUGGGUGUUACGCGCUUCCAGACGUUCAUUGAUGCAAAGGGCCAGCGCUCCUCCGCCGCCACAGCUUACCUCCCCGCUGAGGUGAGGAAGCGUGCGAACCUUCACAUUGCCGUCGAUGUUCGCGUGUCGAAGAUCCUCGUCGAGGGCAAAAAGGCUGUCGGUGUUGAGCUGCUACAGAAGAAAGGCGGCCAGCGAUACCAUGUCGCUGCCAACAGCGAGGUGAUUCUCUGCGGUGGAGCUAUCAACUCACCCCAGACGCUUCUCCUAUCGGGCAUUGGUCCUCGCGAGGAGCUGGAGCGUCUCGGCAUCUCCGUCGUCCACGAGAACGACUCGGUUGGCCGGCACUUGCUGGACCACUUUUGCACCUCGGGCAUCCUCUGCAAAGCCAAGCCCCAGCACACUCUCGAUUACCUCGGCAGCGAUAUCAAAGCUAUUCCUAGCCUGGUUCGCUGGCUUCUCACCGGCAGCGGCCCUCUAACGAGCAACGUGGGCGAAAUUGCCGCCUUUGUCCGCGCUUCAGACUGGCAGUCGAAGGUCGGUAAGGGCCAGCUGAAUGUUGAGGACUUCAGCUCGGGUGGCAAGUCGGCCGACUCGGCCGACGUUGAGAUCAUUGGCGCUCCCCUGGCCUACAUCGAUCACGGUGCCGGCAAGCCGCCCGGCGGCGAAUCGUGCUACUCGAUGGUUCCCAUUGGUCUUCGCCCUCAGAGCGAAGGAACCAUCACCCUCAAGACAGACGAUGUGUUUGACCAUCCAGCCAUUGACCCCAAGUACUGGACGGUGGAAAACGACGUCAACGUGCUCCUCGUUGGCAUCCGAAUCUGCCUCAAGCUCAUGCGCAGCCCCGCCCUCCAAGAGUACCUCGAGCCGGUCCCGACCAAUGACGACCCAGAGCACUUCUGGUGGCCCUACAGCUCCAGCGACCCCGACGCCAUCACCGACGAGCAGCUCAAGGCGUGGAUGACAAAGACGGCAUUCACCCUCUACCACCCCGUCGGCACGGCCAGGAUGUCACCAAAGGCAGACGAGGGCGUCGUCGACCUCGAGUGCCGCGUCCACGGCAUCGACAAUCUCCGUGUCAUCGAUGCCAGCGUCUUCCCAGCGCAGAUUAGCGGCCACCCCACGGCAGCUGUGAUUGCGAUUGCAGAGAAGAUGAGCGACAUUCUCAAGGGCGGGCAGGCCGGGGCCGCUCAGACGCCUUCAGCUCAUCUCUAGUAUCGGCAUCAGUGCAUUACUUUUCGCCCUUGUUCCUUCUUGAUAUAUGUGAAGCCCUCUGGUCACCGUUUCAAAUUCGAUCUUAUGACACAC